GCAUUCCUUUCUCACUUCCUUUUCCUCCAUUUUUCCCCUCACAGUGAAGGUGGACUCACCUGGAGAAGAUUGAAGAUGCCUGGAAGACUGUGGAGUAAGGCCAUCUUUACCGGCUACAAGCGCGGUCUGAGGAACCAGCGCGAGCACACAGCCCUGCUGAAGCUGGAGGGAUGCUACACCAGAGACGAAGUCGACUUCUACCUGGGAAAACGCUGCGCUUACGUCUACAAGGCCAAGAAGAACACAGUGACGCCAGGCGGUAAACCCAACAAGACCCGAGUGAUCUGGGGGAAGGUUACCAGAGCUCACGGCAACAGCGGGAUGGUCCGAGCAAAGUUCAGCAGCAACCUGCCGGCGAAGGCCAUCGGACACCGAAUCAGAGUGAUGCUGUAUCCUUCUCGAGUGUGAAGAGGAAACAUCUGCAGCUGUCGAUGUUCUUGUUUGUACAGAAACAAUAAACUGAUCAGGUCCAAACCGUCUUCUCUGUCUCGUCAUUCAGAUGUAAGAUGAUUGAUCACUCCGUCAUGAAUGAUUCCUUUUUUAAAACGAGUCCUGAGAUUCGGUGAUGUCUUCUGUCAAACCAUUUGAAGAGCUCUGGUGGAGCCACGAUGAACCGAUCAGUCAGUGGAGCUGCUGCACCGAUCAAUAAACCUGAUGAUGCCUUUCAUUGGA